AUGAUUAUGAACGCCAUCCUUCUCGCUUUCGCCACUACGACAGCUGUAAUUGCAGCUCCAACUCCUGGUCCUGCGGGUGCGUGCUUCUUCAUUCUCCAGUUUGCCCUUAGCUUGGAGCACAUCGAGAACGCCUUAUAUCAGCAAGCCCUCGAGAAGUUCGACGAUCAAGCCUUCCAGAACGCAGGCUUCCCUGUUUGGGUCCGCGCCCGCUUCGAACGACUCGCCACGCAUGAGAAGGAGCACGUUCAAUAUUUGCAGGAAGUGCUCAGCAACGACGCACCUAAGCCUUGCGAGUACGACUUCUCCUUCCGGCUGAAGGACCCGUUGUCAUUCGUCCAAGCUGCCAUGGUCUUCGAGUCUGUCGCCGGGUCCACAUACAUCACCGUGGGGAGUAUGCUGAAACAGCUGAAUGAUGUGGUUCUUGCGGGGUCUAUCGGCGCGGUCGAAUCUCGCCAAGUCGCGUGGGUAGCGUCUGCCGCCCUCCACCUGGAGCCGUGGAACGAAGGUUUUGAAACGCCUCUCGGCCUGACGGGAGCGUAUACCCUUGCGCAGCCACUGAUUACCAGCUGUCCUUGGUCGAGUUGCCCUGUCCCAUCUGGGGUCCAAACGAACUUGCCCGCACUGACACUCGCUACCGUCACUCCAUCCCCUGGUGGUCACGUUCAGGUGUCCUUCGGAGACAACGACUUCAGUACGAAAGGCGGCCAGAAGAACGGGAAAGCCCAGGUGCCGGAAGGUCUCCAGGGCAUCGUCUACGUCGCGGUCGUGCUCGGCCCUCAAGGCCGCAGCGGCAAGCAGUUGAUCAUCGUCAGCGGCUUCAAAAUCGCUGAAUUCAACUUCCCAUCAUUCGCCGAGAACUCGUAA